AUGGGCGCCCGUGUGGCUCGCAUGUUCCGAAACUUUAACUUGGAAAACCGUGUCCACCGAGAGAUCUCCCGUGACAAGCCGCGGGCUGCGCCCAGGCACCCGGAGACCGCUGAUCCCGUCCCGGGACCAUCUGAAGUAACGGAAGGUUUAAAUGAGAAGAAUGCCCCUCUGCUGAAGCAUCUUCGCUCUUUGUACGUGGAGUCCACUGACCCCGCGGAGCCCGCACAGUCAUCCAGACAGGAGGGAGCAGAGGAAGAGCGCCGCCCCCUGCAGUACAGUGUCCCCUUAGAUCAGCUGGGCCUAAUGGGACUCACGGAUGUUCCCAAAGGCAAACUGACCCUGGCUGAGGCUCUAAAAGCCCUGAGCAGUCACCAGCAGCAGCCUCAAACAUGGACUGCAGAGAAGAUUGCCCAGCACUACAGCCUGGAGCUGAAGGACUGCAAAGCUCUGCUGAACUUCUUCUGUCCUUUCAGAGUCCAGAUCAUUCCUCCUGCCAAUGCACAGACUAAACGCAUCACAGAUUCUUAG